CGCGCCCGAACGAGUUGUGUGGUUGUUUCUGGAUAAAACUAGAAAUUUGGCAGAAACGAACCCUAACAAAAAAAAAAAAAAAACGCGCACUCUAUAUAAGUGCAUUUUUUCCCUUUCUCUUUCAUCAAAUUGUGCUUGUGAUUGUCUUUGUAUCACGAAAACUAUACGAUUCGAUUCCUUGUUUUCAAUGGACACCUUCUUCAAUUCUCAAUCUUCUUCUUCUUCGAGAAGCCGCUGGAGUUACGAUACUCUCAAGAAUUUCCGUGAGAUCUCUCCGCUGGUUCAGAAUCACAUCAAACGGGUUUAUUUUACGUUAUGUUGCGCUGUGGUGGCUGCUGCUGUUGGAGCUUUUCUUCAUGUUCUGUGGAACAUUGGGGGUUUUCUCACCACGUUGGCUUCCAUUGGAAGCAUGGUUUGGUUGCUAUCUACACCCCCUGUUGAAGAGCAAAAGAGGUUGUCUCUGUUGAUGGCUUCGGCCUUGUUUCAGGGCGCUUCCAUUGGACCUCUGAUUGAUUUGGCUAUUGCCAUUGAUCCUAGCCUUAUUGUUAGUGCAUUUGUGGCAACUUCUUUGGCUUUUGCUUGCUUCUCUGCGGCAGCUUUAGUUGCAAGGCGUAGGGAGUACCUCUACCUUGGUGGUUUGCUUUCUUCUGGGCUGUCCAUUCUUAUGUGGUUGCACUUUGCUUCCUCUCUCUUUGGGGGCUCAAUUGCACUCUUCAAGUUUGAGCUGUACUUUGGGCUUUUGGUGUUUGUGGGCUACGUUAUAGUAGACACUCAAGAAAUUAUUGAAAGGGCUCACUUUGGUGACCUGGAUUAUGUGAAGCAUGCAUUGACAUUGUUCACUGAUUUGGCUGCAAUCUUUGUGCGAAUUCUUAUUAUAAUGUUGAAGAAUUCAUCUGAGAGAAAUGAGAAGAAGAAGAAAAGGAGAGAUUAGUAGGCUGACCGACCGACUCGAGCUCAGGCUUCUCUACAGUAAUUUAGUUUGUGGAGAAUACAUAAUUAGCUGUUUAGAUGAUGUUGGUCCCUUGUGUAGUUAGUUAGCUAUGUGUUUGCUGUAAUGGUAAAUGUCAGGAUUUCUUUUAAACAUCUUCAUAUGUAUUUGCCAAUAUCAUAAUGUGUCGUAUAACAUCAUACCUUGGUUUAAGCAGCAUGUUGACGAAACCUUCACUAAAUUUUAUUUUUGGGUUUAGUUUAUUUUA